GAGUUAGCGCGGUUAUAUCGUUGAACGCCAAUCCUCUGGCAUUAUAAAACAACGUAGCUCACUGCCGCACGUUUCAAAGGAGCCAGCGGAUAAAGGCAAAUUACUCUUAGAGCGCCGAAUGGCUAAAUUAGCGAAGCGUCCGUUGUGAAGAGCGACGGACAUAUUUCCAAACAGAAUGUCAACAACGCGGCCCCUCCUCGGAAUGAAAGGAGCCGCCGAGCUAACCUGCCCCGAUCAGCCCGUCAGCACAUCUCUUCCGUUGGCCGGCAGGCAACAACAGGAGGCCCUCACUGUGGACGAGUUUACGGUCCUCGAAGAUAAACAGGAGGAACUGAAAAACGCCAAGCCCCGAGUUGAACAGGUUUUCAAGGUAGCUUUCACCAUUAUCGGCCUUUUGGACCACACAGGACAGGCACAUGGGAGCAAAACAUCACGACAGAUAUGGCUGCAACUCAAAGGAAAGAGAGACGACGUGUCCAAAGCAAAGGAGUAUGUGAGGGGCCUGUGUGACCCAGAGUUGCAGAAGGAGGAGCGCUACCCAGUAGACAUGCAUUGCAUCUUUGCUGGUGCGCGCGGCCUCUUCCUUGACAGACUCCUCCGUGAUACCAGUGCCGAGGUUUUGGUGAUAGAGCCAGGCCAUCUACGUCUUUUGGGCCAAGCUGAACCGGUGGUGAUGGCCCAGAGCAGAGUUCAGCAGUUUGUGGCAUUAUUCCAGGAGAAAAGAAGUCUGCCAAGUGACAGGGAACCAGCAGUGAAGCGUGCAUUCAAGUCCUUCGUCGAGGAGAGAGAUGAUAAGUACACCAUGGAACUUCUACUGCUGCCCAGUGCCCUGAAGGAAGAGUUACUGGGUUUGGCACAAAGCCCCACUAGUACACACACCUGGGCUAACACACAGGCUCAUCAUAACAUGGGAACAUAUCCCGGGCUGGAGACUGAUCAAGAUCGCUCCCAGAGUAGCACCCCUGUAACAGAGCUUUCUAACCGUAUCCUGGACACCAGCUUUGAGGACAGAGGGGCUGGGGCUGGAGGAAAUAGGGCUGGGGGUGGAACAGGCUUGGGCCCUGAGGCGGUCUUUUUGAACGGCAAUCGGCCUUCACACAAGCGGCGGUCCUCUGAGAGUGAGACUCGGGACACAAAGAGACAGUACUCUCUGGAGCGAAGGGAUGAGUCACUGGACAGAGAGCGGGAGCGAGAGAAGAAAGAGAUAGAGGGCCGGGGGGCCAGUAGGAGUGGUAGAUCCAAGACCCCUUCUGCUUCUUCCUCCUUGUCCUCCUCUUUGAAAGCAAACACAAUAGUGAACCCAAUCCUGCUGGACUCAAAUGAAGGCACUUCAGAUGACAGUGAGGCAGUGAGCCCAGAAACCAACCUCCGCUGCUUGGUCAAUUUCUUCAGAACAAUGGGCUAUCAACAGGAAGUGGUGGAACGAGUUGUCAAGGAGACAGGACAGACAGAGGACACCUUCCUAGUCUUGGAGAAGAUUGUUGAGGAAACUAAGCGCUGUGAACAGGAGACGAGUGGUGGAGAAAAAAGGGGAAGACUGAAUUGUGCACGCUCCUCAGAAACUCCCUCCACGUCAUCCUCAUCGUCCAUCCCUUCUACGGUCUCUCGAAGCAGAGAGAAGGAACGGGGGCCAAACAGAGCAGUGUGUGACCUGAGGUCCAAAGAGAACAUCAACCCUAGUUAUGGAGGCAGUACUAACAGCUUGGGCCACCGGAGGCAAUGCAGUGGCAGUGAGACCAGCACUCAACAGGCGAUCACCAUCAAAAGGAGCUCCAGUGCUCAGGGAGGGGCGGGGAACUAUGAGGUUAUCACUAUCGAUGAUGAUGAUGAUGAUGAUCCCAUUGCCACAGAAACCGCAGCACCAGGCAGUAGGACAUCAAAGACAAUGGCCAUGGAACAUUUGGAUGCCCACUCUGGAUCAAGAACAGACUACUUGGCUCGGGGAGGGGUUUCACAAAAGGAUUACCUUUCAAGGGGAGGGACUCAUACUUUGGGAGGACCGUUCAAAGUCGAGAGUGUGACAGCACUCCGUAGCGCACCCCAGUGGCUAACCACCACCACCUCAUCAUCUUCACCCAGUUCACAUGAACACAUUUCCCGCCCUUCGGCCUCUUCCUACCAGACGAUUGGUCACAUGGGGUGCCAUGGGUCAAGUGCCAGGGUUCCUCCAGCCAAUAACCCUCCAAUAACAGGUCUGGCCCGUUUCCAACAGUCACUGAAGACACCGUACACUUUGACGCUGCCAAACGAGCCAGGGUGCCCUGAGUUAAGACAUAUUAUCAUAGAUGGAAGCAACGUGGCUAUGGCUCACGGUCUUCAUCGGUUCUUCUCCUGUCGUGGUAUCGCGCUGGCUGUGGAGUCGUUUUGGAGGCGGGGCCACAGAGAGAUCACAGUCUUUGUUCCUCAGUGGCGUCAGAAGAGAGACAGACUCACUGCAGAACAACAUUUUCUGAAACAGCUGGAGGACCUGAGACUGCUCUCGUUUACUCCUUCUAGAGAAGUCUGUGGCCAGAGAAUAUCUUCACACGAUGACAGGUUCCUGCUCCACCUAGCGGAAAAAACAGAUGGUGUCAUCGUCACCAAUGACAACCUGAGGGACUUUAUCCGCACCUCUGAUGCCUGGCGGAGGAUCAUUCAAGAAAGGUUGCUCCAGUUUACAUUUGUGGAGGACCAUUUCAUGAUCCCCGAUGACCCGCUCGGGAAACAUGGGCCCCACCUAGAAGUCUUCUUGCGUAAAGACAACAUAAGAACUUCCAUAACUCCUCCCCCAAUAAGACCUCCAGAUCUGCGCCCUCCUGCCCAGCACCAGCAGCAACAACAACAGCAGCAAUCUGUCUAUGUCCAGGCUGUCCAUUCUACUCCACGAACCCCUGCCUCUUCGCCCUGGCCCUCUUCUUCCCUUCUUCCUCAGCCCCCAUUCAACAUACCACCUGUUGCCAUUAGACCCCCUCCUCCGCACUGGCCUCACUCAGGGCCACCUGAAUGGCACCCGCCCCGCCGCUCCCCCUCUCCCUCUCCCACCCCCCCACCACAGCGCUCCCAAGGGGAGACAUCCGAGUUGAAGAGGAAGCUGUAUGAUAUUUUUCCAGACCAGAAGCAGCGCAUUGACCGGAUCCUGAGCGAAAACCCUUACAUGAGAGACCUGAACGCACUGUCGGGGCUGCUACUGGGAUAAAGUGCUGUGGCAUGGCAAUUGGAAGCAGCACACAUACACUGUAUAUCUGCGUGCACAUAUGUCCAAGAUUAUAUACAUAUACACUUCAGAGUAAUUUAUUUUAAGAUCCAUUGUACGAGCCUGCCAGUGGAAAUAUUUUGUCGAGGGAAAGGCAGAAAACUUUUCUUUUGUAUUGAAGAAUUUGAUCAUCAAAAAAGCUGCUAUGAGCAUAAUCCAUUCUGUCUUCUCUUCUUCCCCUUCUCUCUAUUUGAUUUGGCUUAACAACACUGGUGCCCACAGAAAUUUUCCUUUGCAGAAAUUAUAUUGUCCUUUAAUUGCAAAAAUAAUAAUAAAAAAAAAACUUAACUUCUGACCCAGGUUAAAAACUAGGGCUAAAUCUUCUGAAUUAUGUAAACUAAACUGACAAAACCGUCCGGUUUCCUUCACAAUAAUGCAGACCUUGUUUUUUGACUGCGAGUCCAUCACGGAGAGCUUGUUUGUCUGUACAAUAUUCUCAUCCAUCUCCAAGGGCUCUCCACCUCUGGCUCUGAGCCUGUUGGCUGCAAAAUUUGAAAGUUUUGACAGGUUUUGCUUUUUUUUAUCCUUCAUUAUGGCAGUCCACUUUUUCCAAUAUAAACUUAUUGAACAUACUGGCUAGCAAAAUGCUGCCCAGCCACAUCCAGAUGCUGUUCCUAUACACUACCAUUUCAGUCAAGUAGUCAGUGUGUUGUCAAAUUAGAUAAUCUUUGAGUUAUAGUUAAUUUGCAUCAAAAGGAGCAAAGACACACUCUUCGGUCACCCAUUUUAUGUCAUCACUGAUAAAUAAAGAAUUUGAUUCAUUUCAGGCAAGUAGUCCUAAAAUGGUUGCUGUAAAUCAAUAAUGAAAUCGAUUUUGGAAUUUAAAUGACCUGGAUUCUUAUUAUUCUCAUUCUUAUUCUUAUCUUGAACUAGCUGAAAUAACCAGAAGACUGGACAAGGCGGCUAAGGGCAUGGGUAUGUUGAUCAGUACUCAAAAAAGCAAAAUCAGGACAACAAAAGAUCACCUGAGGAGGGAGACUGAAGAGAUUGAAGAGCAGAACACGGAAAUCACUGUUGGCAGCGAAAAACUUGAAGUCACAUCUUUCAAAUAUCUCGGUUCUGUGAUUAACAAAGACGGGAGAUCGGAAAAAGAAAUUAGGAGCAGAAUCGCCCUUACAACAAGCGCAAUGACCAAGCUCAACACGAUCUGGAAAGAUAAAAACCUUGGAAUGACGUCAAAAAUGCAACUGCUCCGCACCAUCAUAAUAGCAACUCUUCUAUAUGGUGCAGCAGAAUCCUGGACCCUAACAAAAGCUAUGGAGAAAAAAAUACAAACCUUUGAACUUGGAGCAUACAGAAGAAUGCUGCAAAUCCCAUACACAGCACGUCACCAACAUUGAAGUGCUGAACAGAGCUAAGAAAGCUAUUGGUGACCAUGAUAAUUUACUUACAAUGGUAGAAAAAAAAGAAAUUAAACUGGUUUGGGCACGUUUGCCGAAUGGAAAGGACACUGCAAAGGACAUCCUGCAUGGCCUGGUAGAAGGAACUAGGAAGAGAGGGAUACCGAGGAAAAACCCAGUAAACAACAUCAGAGAAUGGCUACAGAUGAGCAUAGUGGAGGCAGGGAGAGCUGCAAUGGAUAGGGAACGGUGGAAGAGACUUGUUGAGGCAUCAGCUGUGCUCCUACGACCUCCAUAGGUUACAGAACUGAUGAUGAUGAUGGAUUCUUAUAUUACCAUAGAUUCCUGUCAACUUAGAAAAAAAUAUUGGGUUUGAGCAUGAUGAUGGGUGUGUACUUUCUAGCAGUUUUUUUUUUUUUUUUUUUUUUGUGGAGAUGUUUUUCACCCACAAAACAAUACAAAUGUAAAAAGUCUAUAAACCAAAUUUGAUUGCUCUCCUGAAGACCACACCAGGAAAAAUCAGGAGAAUAUUUCAGCCCUGGAUCCAUUUCUCCAUUUGGAUGAAGAGUCACAUAGCAACAGUGGUAUUCCCAAGAUGUAUCACUAACUUUGAGCCCAAGAUCAUGGAAAAAAUUGAUUUCAAAAAUUUUAUUUGUUUUACAGCCGUUCCUUUUCCAAUGAUUGUGUGCAGGAAAAAUGCUCAACUGUGAGGAGUUUAGCACACGGACAGUCUAGUGCGCUCACGCAAGACUGUCCUUGUAACGCUCCGAUUGGAGGGUCAUUUGGAAGGCUAGAUGACAGCUACCCCUUGAUCCCCAAAAGAAAUGGGACACCCUGCCAUACGUGGCCACGUGCAAAAUGAAGGAGUAGGUCCAGGGGGGGAUUGGGAUUGGGCCUUGAUGUUCCCUUAUUUUUGUAAUAUACAAAUACUUGUUUUCAUUGUAAAAUAGAAUAUUGUUCUGGACAUUUUAUGUGUCAAAAGCGCAUUGUCAUGUUACUGUUGUAAUGUUGCUGGAGGAUUUUUUUCACAUUUACUGAAUUUUGUAAGUAAAUCUCUUCCCUUUUUGUAAAUAUAAGCAGUUCUUCUCUAAAGUGCACUAAUGGUUUCAAGUAUGUGGAAGAUCUUCAGAAAACGGCAACCAAUGCUGUUCCCUAUUAUCUUUUGGUGCAUGUCCGUGAAGUAUGGUAUCUGUCGCUUUGAAAUCCUCCUGUAUGCUCGAUUGAGGUCUUUUUGCCAUUUUAGAUGCGCAACAUUUUUAGACAAUGUGCAUGGCCAAAUUUUUGCGAGCAACCAAGACCAGCAGUUAUUUUCCGUACUUUUCUUCAAAGCAAAGUAUGUGAUUAAUUUUAACCCACACUCGUACUAAUCCCUCUUUCAACAGCAGGCUGUAUUACCAACCUCGUUUUCACAAUGUUACUCAUGUAUCAUAGAUGGAAUGUAAGACCAGUCUUGUAAAACUAAGACUGGGUUAUCAGCCACAAUUGUUUCUUUAUAAACUUUCCUUUUAAACUUCUUUCAUUUGUUCCGUAACAUAAGUCUGCAGGAGGGUCACGCCAUGAUCCAGUAGCUAGAGAGCUAAAAAAAGGUUUGUUAUUUGACAUUUAGUUUUAAAUAAGGAAAAGAAUUUUCAAAAACGGAAAUUUGUGAAAAAUAUAUUUUGAAAUAUUUUUUAUUUUGAGUUUUUCUGGCACAGUGAAAGCUUAAACCUUUAAGGGGCAUCCUGGUGGCUCAGCCAGUUAAGCACAUGCCGUGUAGGCUCAGGCCCGAUCACAGCCUCUCGGGUUAACUGAACCUGGGUUGCAUAUCCUCCCUUCUUUCUCUUUCCUUUCUCUCUCUACUGUCUUGCAUAUCAAAGACUUAAAAUGCCAAAAACAUCUUCACCAAAAAAACAAAAACAAAACACAAGCAUUUAAUACAUGGCCGCUCAGCAGACACUCAUUAAAGAUU